GGAUGGUAUCGUUUUGUGGGAGCUGCAGGAACAAAAAUGCCAACAACGCGUGUGUCAGUAUUCAAAUGUGGUACAAAAUUCCCGGGCUGGUUGGAUGGUGCUCAUCCUACUGUGAAAGAUGGUGAAGUUUAUGGGAAGGUCUGCUUUAAUGAUCACUCUAAAGGUUGCUAUCGCACUACCCAAAUUUCUGUGAAGAACUGCUCAUCCUACCAUAUCUACAAACUUUAUCAGACGUCCAAGUGUCCUUUGCGCUGCUGUGGCACAGACUGAAUAUGCAGGGAGGAGUUUCCAUAGUAAUAGGAUUCAUAAUCGUUGUAUUUUAGGGCCUUGGCGUCGCGAUGUUUAAUAUUUGGUAGAUUUUUACGCUGAUGUCGCCUGGUAAAUGCUAUCAUUAAAAAAGAAAAAAAUUAUAUGCAAUGAUAAUAAGGACUCAUGACAAAGAAAAGAACUUAUUUCGGAAAAUAGACGUGUCAUUCUCGCUGUAUGCGUUAUCGAAAAGUAGGUUAAUAAAGUUUUCAAUGCGGUCCAAUUCUAAAAUUUUAAAUAACUUAUGACAGUACCUUCCGCUGUUACUUCUUAUAUUUAUCCCUAUAUCUGAGCAUGAUAUUUCCUUUUAAAACAAAAUUACAAUCAAAGACGAGUAGGCAACGGUGUUACGACUUAAAAAGAGUCACAAGAAAGAUUUGAGAGUCAUCAAAAAAACAACCCGCAAUGCUUCAGUGCCAGAUUUCUUAACAAAGCUUAACGAACAUUAUUCGAUGCUUUCUUUCUACUGCAGUAGCAUCCAUUUGAACAGAAGACCUGUAAAUAAAUAAAUAAAUAAAUCCGUUGCUGUUCCAUUACUUAAAAACCAUUAGGGCCUAGAAAAGAACCCUUCGAGGAGGGGCAGGUGAUACAUUUUUUGAUAGUCCUACCAUGCUUGGAGACAUGUAACAAAAUUUUACAAAUAAUUCAUCUUAAUAUACCUAUGCCUCUUAGAGAAGAAAACUCGAGAAAAGAAGAAACCACUUGAUCAGUUACGGUCGUUAUUGGUUAGACUCGGCCCAGAGAGAAGGGGAUCUUAGUUCAAUAUGAUUGGAAAGACCAUAAUUCAUUUCAGUACGACAGUUAACGUUGGGAUUUUCGGUUGCUAUUCACAUAAGUUAAGAAUGUUCAGAAAUACAGAAAAUCUGGUAACUUUUCAUCUCUAAAAUUGUUAUUGCGAUAACAAAUAGUUUAAUGAGUGAAUGAAUAAAUGAUAGAAAUAAGACAUAUUGCAUUUUACCACAUUUUUUUUCGUUAAUAAUCUAUUUGCGUGUAUACGGCACUAAGUCAACGACUACGCUAAAUUAAAACAGUAGCUGACGCUGCAUCUUUUGCAAACUUUAAUUCACCAUUACGACAACCGAGAGCGUGUGUCCCAUGGUAGCCAACUUAACGUGAUUAGUGUCGGAGGGAAGUUUAAUUUUCCAUCAUGCUUCCACAGCAAAUAAUUAUAAUCAAUCUCAGUGAAGUUGCAAAUGACUAUUAGCCGUAGUCUCGCGCGCUGACUCCGAUCCUGACUCGCGUAUUUUACAUGCUGGCUCCCCCCCAAAAAAAAUUACUGAAAGUGGAUCGAUCCGUAAGGCGGAAAGAAAAACAUGGCUGUCGAAAUGACAGCUUUCCUUGCGUUUGCACGCCACCUUUGAUGUUCACAGUGAUAUCAUGUUAAAUCUACUCCAUUUAUUUUGAUUACAAGCGACUUAAAUUCAUGUUGUUGCCAAACGAAAUUUGUAAAAAAAAUCCUCUCGUCUAAUUUUUUUUGUGAAUAACGAAUGGGGAUUCUUACCUAAAAAAACAUCAAACAUCACAGACAUGAAACGUGCGUAUAUUGUUGAAUUAGCAGUCCUAUUGAGUCCACAAUUACCGCUGCUAGACCCCAGUCUUUAAUAUAAACGCGUCGGUUUGUAUUGAUUAAUGCAUUACUGAAUAAUGGUGGUCGAUCGACUUAAAUUUAUGUUGCAUUGAAAACAUAAAUUCUAAAGUGCACUGUCUGACGAAUCAUGGAAUAUUUUCAACACUAAUAUCGACAUCAGUGACCUAGCCCUAUAGUUCAUUUCUACUUUCUAUUAUUUGAUGAUUUCACCAAAAUUCUCCAAGGCUUACAAAAAUUGAUUCAAGUAAUGGUUUUUUUCGACAUGUAAACUAUGUUGACUUUUACAUGAGGAGAGCUAUAAAAUGUAGAUAGGGGAUGAAUGUAUGACCAUAAUAAAAUAAAAAAAUCAUAGAAAAGAGGAAAGACCAUAAGACAAUUGUUUAACGCCUUCCUUCGCCGGAGAAAAUGCAAGUUGAAAAAAAGGUUUGACCCUAAAUUGAUACGUUUCGAAUGAUAUACUGCAUGAUGUCAGACAAGAAUGGUUGGUCUCAAUGGAAAUUAGCAUGAGGAUGAUAACUGUUCAAUAAAAAAAAGAGUCCUAGAGAAUUUUUUCAAUUAUGUAUUUCUUCAUGAAACAAUCUAAAAUCAAGCACCUCUCAUCAAAGUUUUAGUUCAUGUUAGGGUUAGGCUUUUUUCCACCGAGGGAUUCUCCAAAGUUUUUAUAAGUUUCACCCUACUAUUUAUUAGUGGAGAAAACAUAUUAUUAUCAUUAUUGUUAUCAUCACUAAAAUUACUGUUAUGUAUUUUUCCGAGCGAGAUCGCAAAAUGCUGUUCCUAGACUACCACUCCAUUGCUGAAAGACGUUUGGUGAAUCAUAUUAUCGAAGAAAAACGUGUCAAGAACUUGGAUGACUGUGAGUUAAUGUGCUACCUGAACGACAACUGCGUGAGUUCUAACUUCAAAAAAGAUCCGGAGAAUAAUGAACCAGUUCACAUCUGUGAACUAAAUAACGCCACGCAUCCGAGAUAUGACAAUGACUUGACAACUGAUGCCGACUUUUAUUAUCGUGGCUCGAAGGUGAGUUACAAAUCGGUUUUUCGAAAUCGUCGCCUUUGAAUAAUAUGGAAAUAAUUAUGAAUGUUUAUGCAAAUUAUCGUGCAUUUGAUCAUACAGUAUUUAGUUUCUUCUUUCACUCAAACCCUCGACCUUUCUCAAUUAUCAUUUUAGUGUUUUUUUCUCCUUCAGAAUGCUUGUGAUAAGAAUUCCCCGUGCCAACUCCCUCGGGGAUAGUAUCGUUUGGUGGGAGCUGCCGGAAUAAAAAUACCAAAAAUACGUGUGCCAGCAUACAGAUGUGGUGCAGACUGGUCAGGUUGGUUGGAUGAUGCUCAUACUACAGUGGAAGAUGGUAAAGUUAAAAAGAAGGUCUGCUUUAGUGAUCGUUUUUACGGUUGCAAAUAUGCAAUCCGAAUUUCGGUCAAAAAUUGUGGAUCCUACUUCAUCUACAAACUUUACCCACCUGCUUGUUACUCACGCUACAGUGGUACAGAUUGA